GUCGUAUUAGGAUAGGUCUUGGUAGUUCUAGACUAAUCGCAGGACCAUCUCACUUUUUUUUCCCUUCCAAACUCUGCAGCGUUAAAUUUAGCCGCAAAUUCACUCCUCGCUGGUUUAAGAUCCUGAUCUACGCUCAGGCAGCCAACGAAUAACCAACAGAUCGGAAGCGACUCGCCGCUUUAGUGACCCUCUUUUUUCGGUCGUCCAACACCGACUCUCUCUCUUUGUAUCGGCGAUCUGUCCCGUCCCACCUUCCCCUCCAAACCAAGCCAAGCUCUCGUCAGGUGUUCCACAACAAAAUCUAUAGGACGACCCAGAGCACGGUUUCGUACCCGGGGUAUAACAAACCACAUUACAGUCUUGCAAUCGUCAAUUUUUUUUUUCCUCUUCGAUUUCUUUGUUUGAUCUUCCCACAUUCUUACACCAACCGGCGCUGGCCCGCUUCGACCAGAGAGAGCUCGACAAAAUGGCCGAACUCGAUACCCUGGACAUCAUUGUCCUCGGACUGAUCCUUUGCGGCACCAUUGCGUAUUUCACCAAAGGCAAAUAUUGGGGAGUUGUCAAAGAUCCCUACGCAACUUCAUUCGCCAACACAAAUGGACCCAAGGCAGGCAAAACGAGAAACAUUGUGGAGAAGAUGGAGGAGUCGGGCAAGAAUUGUGUGAUUUUCUACGGUUCGCAGACAGGUACUGCCGAGGACUACGCCUCCAGGCUUGCAAAGGAAGGCAAGAGCCGCUUCGGACUCGAGACUAUGGUUGCCGAUCUUGAGGACUACGACUACGAGAACCUGGACACCAUCCCGAGCGACAAGAUUGUCAUGUUUGUUCUCGCCACCUACGGAGAGGGCGAGCCUACCGACAACGCCGUAGACUUUUACGAGUUCAUCACCGGAGAGGAUGUUUCAUUUUCCGAGGGCAACGACCCGCCUCUUGACAACCUAAACUACGUCGCUUUCGGUCUCGGGAACAACACUUAUGAGCACUAUAACUCUAUGGUACGCAACGUCAACAAGGCCUUGGAGAAGCUUGGUGCACACCGCAUCGGCGACGCAGGAGAGGGCGACGACGGCGCUGGCACAAUGGAGGAGGAUUUCCUGGCCUGGAAGGACCCCAUGUGGGCGGCCCUUGCUGAAAAGAUGGGUCUUGAAGAGCGCGAGGCUGUCUACGAGCCCGUGUUCAGCGUUACUGAGCGCGAGGGACUCACAGCCGAGUCUCCCGAAGUUUACCUCGGCGAGCCUAACAAGAUGCACCUGGAGGGUACCGCCAAGGGACCUUUCAACGCUCACAACCCAUACAUCGCCCCCAUUGUCAAAUCGUACGAGCUCUUCAGCGUCAAGGACCGGAAUUGCUUGCACAUCGACGUCGACGUCAGUGGUUCCAACCUUACGUACCAGACCGGUGACCACAUCGCAAUCUGGCCUACUAACCCGGGCGAGGAGGUUGACCGCUUCCUCGAUGUGAUUGGGCUUUCGGAAAAGCGUGACACCGUAGUCAGCGUCAGGCCUCUUGAGCCAACCGCAAAGGUUCCCUUCCCUGCACCUACCACGUACGAUGCCAUCGUCCGCUACCACAUGGAGAUAUGUGCUCCGGUCUCGCGUCAAUUCAUUGCCACACUGGCCGCCUUUGCGCCCGACGAGGAAAGCAAGGCGGAGAUGACAAAGCUCGGUGGUGACAAGGACUACUUCUCCGCAAAGAUCAGCAAGCACUACCUCAACAUUGCAAGGGUACUUCACAAUGUCGGCAAAGGCAAGAAGUGGAACAACAUUCCCUUCUCCGCCUUCAUCGAAGGUAUCACAAAGUUGCAGCCCAGGUACUACUCGAUUUCGUCCUCCUCGAUGGUUCAGCCCAAGGUCAUCUCCAUUACUGCUGUAGUUGAGAAGCAGGAGAUUCCUGGUCGCGACGACCCAUUCCGCGGUGUUGCAACCAACUACCUUUUGGCCCUUAAGCAGAAGCAAAAUGGAGAGCCCGACCCAGAGCCGUUUGGUCGCACAUUUGCGCUCGACGGACCCAGAAACAAGUACGACGGAGUUCGAGUUCCCGUACACGUUCGCCAUUCCAACUUCAAGCUCCCUUCCGACUCAACGAAGCCCAUCAUCCUCGUUGGACCGGGAACUGGCGUGGCUCCGAUGAGGGCCUUUGUCCAGGAACGCGCCAAGCAAGCCGAGAAGGGCGAAGAUGUUGGAAAGACGAUAUUGUUCUUUGGCUGCCGAAAGUCCACCGAGGACUUCCUGUACAAGGAAGAGUGGGAUGAAUACAAAAAGAUUCUUGGCGACAAGUUCGAGCUUGUCACCGCUUUUUCAAGGGAAGGUCCUAAGAAAGUCUACGUCCAGCAUCGCUUGAAGGAGAGGGCCCAAGAGAUAAACGAUCUAUUGGCCAAGAAGGCUUACAUCUACGUCUGCGGUGAUGCGGCCAACAUGGCUCGCGAGGUCAACUCCGUCCUGGGACAGAUAAUAGCGGAGCAGCGUGGUAUUCCAGAGGCCAAGGCUGAGGAAAUCGUCAAGAACAUGAGGGCGGCAAACCAGUACCAGGAGGACGUUUGGUCUUAAAUGGGACAACGAAGCGAUACCUUGUCCCCAGUCACCCUUGCCAACUCGGGACCUUCCAGCUAGAUGAUUAUGCAUGAUUUUUGGGAGUUUAUAGAAAAUUUCGUUACCUUUGUUGGAUAGUACCCACUCAUACUUACAUAUCAAGAUCCCCAACCCGAUACGAAUGAACUGCAGGGCACUUGAAUAGCACUGAAUAGAUGGAAAGUUUUUUUUUUCAAUUUAAUAUAUCAAUAAAUAACGUCAUACUGUUGGA